UGAGGCCUUGCCUCUUGGCUUCUUGGAGAGGGAAAGUGCUGGGGGUGGAGGAUAACCUCUUUACUUCCCCCUGGGAAGACGGAAAGAAGGGACGAAGAAGGGGGAUGGGUGGGGAGGAGAAAAAUACGUGACAAAGAAAACAUUCUCUGCCUAGGAGGAGACUCUCAGAGGGUGUAGAACUGGAGGCAGCAUUCACUGGCCAUGCCAGUACUUACCACUGAUGCUGAGUCAGAAACAGGUAUCCCAAAAUCCCUUUCCAAUGAGCCUCCCUCAGAAACCAUGGAGGAAAUCGAGCACACAUGCCCACAGCCUCGACUGACCCUGACUGCACCUGCCCCAUUUGCAGAUGAAACCAGCUGCCAGUGCCAAGCACCACAUGAGAAACUGACCAUUGCUCAGGCCCGCUUAGGAACACCAGUUGACAGACCUGUCAGAGUAUACGCAGAUGGAAUAUUUGACCUCUUCCACUCAGGUCAUGCAAGGGCACUUAUGCAAGCAAAAACACUGUUUCCCAACAGCUACUUGUUGGUAGGAGUUUGCAGUGAUGACCUCACCCACAAAUUCAAAGGUUUCACCGUGAUGAACGAAGCAGAGAGAUACGAAGCGCUGAGACACUGUCGCUAUGUGGAUGAAGUCAUCAGAGAUGCUCCGUGGACACUCACGCCAGAGUUUCUGGAAAAACACAAGAUUGAUUUUGUGGCCCACGAUGACAUUCCGUACUCCUCUGCUGGCUCUGAUGAUGUUUACAAGCAUAUAAAGGAAGCAGGAAUGUUUGUUCCAACGCAGAGAACGGAAGGCAUCUCAACAUCAGACAUCAUCACCAGGAUUGUCCGUGACUAUGAUGUUUAUGCCCGACGCAAUCUCCAGAGAGGGUACACAGCCAAGGAACUGAAUGUCAGCUUUAUAAAUGAGAAGAAGUACCGCUUCCAAAACCAGGUAGACAAGAUGAAGGAAAAGGUCAAAAACGUGGAGGAAAAAUCAAAGGAAUUUGUUAACAGAGUGGAAGAAAAGAGUCAUGAUCUAAUUCAAAAGUGGGAAGAGAAAUCGAGGGAAUUCAUUGGCAACUUCCUAGAACUGUUUGGGCCUGAUGGAGCAUGGAAGCAGAUGUUCCAGGAGAGGAGUAGCCGGAUGCUGCAGGCCUUGUCCCCGAAGCAGAGCCCUGUGAGCAGCCCCACCAGGAGCCGGUCCCCUUCACGCUCCCCGUCACCCACCUUCUCGUGGCUCCCGAACAAAACCUCACCCCCCUCCUCACCCAAAGCUGCCUCAGCCUCCAUCAGCAGCAUGAGUGAGGGGGAUGAGGAUGAGAAGUAAAGGCUGCCGGCAGCCAACAAGAGCCACGCCACACAGGCC